UGAGGCUGGCGAUCCGCGAAGCUCCCACCUUCCCUUAGAGCUUGCUGCAGCCGCCUGCCCCGCGCCCUCCGGAGACCGGGACGGGACCAUGAUGUGGAGACGCUGGCUCGCGCUCGCGCUGGUGGCGGUCGCCUGGGUCCACGCCGAGGAGCAAGUAAGGAGCAAAUCCAAGAUCUGUGCCAAUGUGUUUUGUGGAGCUGGCCGGGAAUGUGCAGUCACAGAGAAAGGAGAGCCUACCUGCCUCUGCAUCGAGCAAUGCAAACCUCACAAGAGGCCUGUGUGUGGCAGCAACGGCAAGACCUACCUCAAUCACUGUGAGCUGCAUAGAGAUGCCUGCCUCACUGGAUCCAAAAUCCAGGUCGAUUAUGAUGGACACUGCAAAGAGAAGAAAUCUGUAAGUCCUUCUGCCAGCCCAGUCGUUUGCUAUCAGUCCAACCGCGAUGAACUCCGGCGUCGCAUCAUCCAGUGGCUGGAAGCGGAGAUCAUUCCAGACGGCUGGUUCUCCAAAGGCAGCAACUACAGUGAAAUCCUAGACAAGUACUUUAAGAACUUUGAUAAUGGUGACUCUCGCUUGGACUCCAGCGAAUUUCUGAAAUUUGUGGAGCAAAAUGAAACCGCCAUCAACAUCACCACCUAUGCAGACCAGGAGAACAACAAGCUUCUCAGAGGACUCUGUGUUGAUGCUCUCAUUGAACUGUCUGAUGAAAAUGCUGACUGGAAACUCAGCUUCCAAGAGUUCCUCAAGUGCCUCAACCCAUCCUUCAACCCUCCAGAGAAGAAGUGUGCCCUGGAGGAUGAAACGUAUGCCGAUGGAGCUGAGACCGAGGUGGACUGUAACCGCUGUGUGUGUGCCUGUGGAAACUGGGUCUGCACAGCCAUGACCUGUGACGGAAAGAAUCAGAAGGGGGCCCAGACCCAGGCAGAGGAGGAAAUGACUAGAUAUGUCCAGGAGCUUCAAAAGCACCAGGAAACAGCUGAAAAGUCCAAGAGAGUGAGCACCAAAGAGAUCUAAUGAGGAGGCAUCUGGGAAUGGUGUCCAGAGCCUGGCACCUUCUCUUCAAUUUCAGCGCUGAGUCCAGUAUAUGCAAGUGUCUGCUACAACCGCCAAAUCACCUGUAUUUGCUUAUAUAGCAAUGAGUUUUAUUUUGUCUAUUUGUUUUGCAAUAAAGGAAAUGGGGAUGGCUGGCUA